GUCAUGUCUUGUUUGUCCCUCGCCGCUCUCCGUAGCUCUGCUUGCUGGCUGAGAAGGCGGAAGUUUCCUUAGGCUAACUUCCCGAAGUCCAAUAAUUCAUUCCCGUUUCUGGGAGAAAGGCUGAAAGGGAAGCAGCGUCACCUGCCAGACAUGUCUACUGCCUACAAGAACAGGAUCCAAGAGUUCAAAUCGGCGUUGGCGGAGGAAAGCAUCAACCUGACGACGCUGAGGGAGCUGAGCUUCAGCGGAAUCCCUCAUGAGGAAGGUCUGCGCUCGCUGUGCUGGAAGAUUCUGCUGAACUACCUGCCUCUGGAUCAGACGUUAUGGGAUUCCUUCCUGAAGAAGCAGAGAGAGGUUUACUCCCAGUUCCUCAGAGAGAUGAUCAUCCAGCCCGGUAUCGCCAAGGCCAACCUGGGCCUGUCCAGAGCCGACGUCACGCUGGAGGACCACCCGCUGAACCCGAACCCGGACAGCCGCUGGAACACGUACUUCAAGGAUAACGAGAUCCUGCUGCAGAUCGACAAGGAUGUGAGGCGGCUGUACCCGGACAUGGCAUUCUUCCAGCGGCCCACCGACUAUCCGUGCCAGUUGAUCCUGGACCCGCAGAACGAGUACGAGACGCUGCGGCGCCGCGUGGAGCAAACCACGCUGAAGGCCCAAACCGUGAACCGGAACCGGAGCGGAGUCACCAACGUCAGCUCUCCGGGGAAGGCUCUGAACCUGUACCCGUCCAAUGAGUACGAGGUUCUGCCCAGCGGCAGCGAGGCGCACUGGGAGGUGGUGGAGCGGAUCCUCUUCAUCUACGCCAAGCUGAACCCGGGCAUCGCCUACGUCCAGGGCAUGAACGAGAUCGUCGGCCCGAUCUACUACACCUUCGCCACCGACCCCAGCAGCUCCUGGAAAGAGCACGCCGAGGCCGACACCUUCUUCUGCUUCACCAACCUGAUGUCGGAGAACCGCGACAACUUCAUCAAGAGUCUGGACGACUCCCAGUGCGGCAUCACCUGCAGGAUGGAGAGCGUCUACGCCAUGCUGCGGGACAAGGACCACGAGCUCUUCCUCAAGCUGGGGGAGCAGAACAUCAAGCCUCAGUACUUCACCUUCCGCUGGCUCACCCUGCUGCUGUCCCAGGAGUUUCUGCUGCCGGACGUCAUCCGGAUCUGGGACUCCCUGUUCUCCGACCGGGACCGCUUCCACUUCCUGCUGCUGGUCUGCUGCGCCAUGCUCAUACUGAUCCGGGACAGCUUACUGUCCGGAGACUUCACCACCAACAUGAGGCUGCUGCAGGAUUAUCCCAUCUCAGACGUCCACCUCAUCCUGACCAAGGCCAAAGAGCUGCAGGAGAACCGCUAACCUGGACGGAGGUCGGAGGUCAGACUGAGAGCCGGGUCAAAGGUCAAACCAUCCGUCAUGGCAGCAAACUCACAAACUGAUAGGAAAUAUCGUUUUAUCGAUCAUCUGGAGGAGGAGCAGCCAAAUGAUCCGGUUGCCAUGACGACGUCUGGAGGAGAGUCCAGCGGACCAUCUGAGGCGUCGCUUCGUUUUUAUAGAAACUUUUGGGCCUUUAUGGAGCAGGAAGUGACAACAUCCACUUCCUGUCAGGGUUUAACUCUCUACAGGAGAGCAUCCGGUUCAGAUUCAGUAGAACCAGUUCUUCAGCUCAACAGAACCUCCAGGAUUUCUGGUCAGAGACUUUCUGAAGGUCCAGAACCAGCAGCAGGUACCAGAUACUCAGAACCAGGGUUUGGACUUCACUAUGAGACCAGACGGACCGCCUUGCUGCGCGUUUCCCACCUUAGACCCGUGGUUCUGGGUCCAGUUCUGGUCCGGUUCUGGGUCUGGUUCUUGGUUCCGGGUGCAGACUAACACCUGGUGAAGCACAGUUCUGUCUGGUAUGGAUCUUCUCCAGAGCCUUACAGUUUUUCUCCUGGUGCUCAGAGAGCAGAUUUCAGUUCAAACCCAAGUAAACAGGAAACAGGUCAGUAUUGUGCAAAAGGUUUAAACCACCCACUUCCUGUGAUCCAGACGUUCCUGAAAUCUUUUAGUGGUUUGAAUCGACGGUUCUCCAGACUUCCUGAAGGUCUCAGUCCAGAUUUUAGACCUAGAAGAAUCCAGUGUAGUUUGGUGACUGACAGGUGCUGCAAAUACCAAAAACCUGAAUCCAAACCAAAACAGCUGCAGUCACAGGAAACAGCAGGCUGUUGCCUUCCACUCGAUUCUCAACUCUCUUCACUGGUCAGUCUGGGAUUCCUCCCAUUGACUUGGAUUUCUCCAGAAAAAUUUCAGGCCAAUCAGCAAACAGAAGAAGUUCUGAACGAUGACGUUGAUUUUCUGAUCUGCUUUAGAGUCAUAGUCUGUCUGUAGUUCCAGCGACAGCAGCAGAGGAAGUGAAGGAAGCCGGUCAGUUCAUGGUCACUGUUCCAGAUAUUGAAUUAUUAACAUCCUCGUUCAGAUCGGCUCUUCACAGUGGAGGAUGGUUGUUUACAGCGCAUUUCUGGUAAACUUCAUGUCGUUGAGCUGGUGCAUUACAGACGUCACAGCCAAACGAUAGUGAUUUGGUAAAAUUUUAAAUGUCAACAGAGGAAACAGGAAGUGAUCGGUUCUAAAGAGUCCAGAGCCUCUGGAGGAAGCAAAGCAUAGAAACAAAAGCUGGUUUUUACCAGGCUAAGGAAAUGAAGCAAAAUGGAAAAACCUGCAAAUAGU